CAAUUUGGUCCAAUCGCACAGAGCAGAAGUGCAGCGCAUUCACGCACGCGCGGCAGCCUAUUUUUAAGGACGUGCACCUCCACAGGGGUCACAGUUGUUCUCAUUCUGUUUCUAAGAUGACUAUGAAAUUGGCUUACUGGGAUAUACGCGGGCUUGCUCAACCAAUCCGUCUGCUGUUGGAAUACACUGGUUCCAAGUAUGAGGAGAAAUUAUAUUCCUGUGGUGAAGGUCCCAACUAUGAUAAAAGCUGUUGGAUUGAUGAGAAGAACAAAAUCGGAAUGGAUUUUCCCAAUUUGCCAUACCUAGUCGAUGGAGACAAGAAGAUAGUCCAGAGCAAUGCCAUCAUGAGAUACAUUGCCCGCAAACACAACCUGUGUGGAGAAACUGAAGAGGAGAAGGUGAGGGUUGACAUCUUGGAAAAUCAGGCAAUGGAUUUCCGCAAUGAUUUUGUUCAGCUCUGCUAUGGAGACUUUGACAAAAACAAAACAUGUUACGCAAAGGCACUGCCAGGAAAGCUAAAGCAGAUGUCUGACUUCCUUGGUCGCAGGGAUUGGUUUGCUGGAGACAAGAUUACAUUUGUGGACUUUGUUAUGUACGAGUUGUUGGACCAGCAUCGUAUGUUUGACCAGGAAACCUUGGAUGACUUUAAAAACCUAAGACGUUUUCUGGAUCGCUUUGAGAGUCUUGAGAAGAUUGUCUCAUACAUGAAGUCGAGCAAAUUCAUGAAAACACCUGUUAACAACAAGAUGGCUAAAUGGGGAAACAAGAAGGAGUGACAAGUUUGUUGCCUAAAGCACUGUUUGGUCAAUGCGUUUAGAUGCCACACACUGUUGUUAUUUGUUGGUACUGGUUUUUUAAAACGCAAGUAACCAUUUUAUGUUUAUGUUCCAAAAUUUCUGUCGACCUUAUAAGCAUAGGCACUGUUUAUAAAAAAACAUUUCAGAAUAAUCAAGAAUUUUCAGUUGUUGCCAAUACAGUAACAAAGUGCAGUUGCAAAGCAUCAGUGAUAGAAGCACUUUAAUUUUUAUAAUAAAGAUUUCACUAUUGGAUAAUCCAUAUUACAACUGUAAAAAAGCAAAACCUUAUUUUGACCAAAUAAAGCAGAAAACAGUGUUA